GGACUCACACCAGCAGGAAUCUUUCCCUUUUGAUAGUGGAAUUAACAGGGAACCGUGCUGUUCUAUGGACAAACUAGCAAGCAUCCCAUGCGUUGGCUGUGAACUCUGCAUAUAAGUGUUUUUUUUUGUAAAUCCAAUUCAAUGAAGGCCAUUGACAUGGAUGUGAUCAUGAAUGACACAGAGCCUAUAAUCCAGUUCUAUUGCAACUAUACACGGGGCUCUGAGCCUCCGGUCUUUGUUGGUGCGAUGAAGAGCGAGCCCUACCACAUUGCCAUCCCUAUGACCAUCUUCUAUUGUCUGCUCUUCAUCUUUGGCGUCCUCCUCAAUGGUGUAAGCCUCCUGACGUUGCUCAUGGACACACGGAUGAAGGCCAGUGCCAUCCAGCUCUACUUGCUCAACCUUGUGAUCUCCGACAUCAUGCAGCUGCUCACCAUCCCCAUCACGCUCUACCGCUACUACUGGGAGAUCUACCCGUGGCGGCUGGGAGGGGCGCUGUGCAAAGCCUACUUCAUGGCCCGGCAGAUUUACUGCGCCACCACAAGCUGGAUCAUCCUGGGUUUCACCAUGGAGCGCUACAUAGCGAUCUGCCACACCAUGUGGUCUGUGUCCAGCCUGCAGAAGUCGCACUUGCCGUACCUGCUGGCCUUGGUGUGGCUGUUCUCCCUGGCGUCUGCGGUGCCCUUUGCGCUGGUCUACAGCCACGACCGUGCCUGCAUCAUGGAUUACACCGCCCACUCCCUAGACAAGCUUUUCAAAGCAUCCACGAUGUGUGAGAUGACAGAGGCCAAGCCCUAUCUGCUGUACAAGACAGCCAUUCUGCUGAGAGCCAUCCUCUGUUUCCUAGUGCCUCUGAUCUGCAUUUUGGUCCUCUACAUCCUCAUUAUCAGCCACCUCAGACAGAACUGCCACCAAAGACAGGCCAUGGGCCUGACCAGGACAAUGGCCAUGGAGAAUAACGUACCCUGCCAUCAAAAUGGGAAGCUACUGUGUCAAGAGAAAAGAGCUCUACGGCUUAUGGGUGCAGUGGUGGUGGCGUUUUUUCUUUGCAAUUUCCCAGACAUUGCCUCGUCACUCAUGCAGGCUUACCAUAGCGUCUGGUCCACACAUUUACUCAACAUUUAUACCGUGGUCAAGACCUACUUCUCUGUGCCACUGUGGUAUGUAAACAGCGCCCUGGACCCUGUGCUCUUCUGCAUCUCCUCCAAAACCUUUCGAAGGGCCUGCUGGAUGACCCUGAGGUCACUGAAGCCCAGGUGUCCAAGGAUGUUGCAGAGUAACCGGCAUGCACUGGUGACCAGCCAUUUGAGUCAGACAUCUAGGAGUGCGUCGUGCCGAGAGGCAAGUGAGCUUAGGAUAAGGCAACUAGAAGCAGAAAACACUCAGUUCAUAGCUCUGCACAGUUGCAGAAUGUAGGAACCAAUGUCUUUGCGAGGACUUCAUUUUCUUUCUAACUUAUUUCUAAAAAGGUGAUUAUGUUAAACUCAGUUCAACAGUGUUAAAUAAACAACACAGGAAGGUGCAAUCUGCUCUUUUAAAGGAGAAUUUCAGCGAUGUUUCACAUAGAUCUCUGUUUCAGAGUCACAGAGUACUGUCAGUACGAAAAUAAAUUGGUUUUAGCUUGAGUUGCUGCAGCCAACAGCUAUACCAGGCAGCUAGUGCUACGCUCUGGGGGCAUGUUCAUGACCUCAAGAAACAGAGAUGUGAAAAAUCGCUGGAAUUAAAGCAACUGUGUUGUAGUGAUGUGGAUUGUAUUCUGUACAUUGUUGUUGCUCUGUGAUGUUAAGUGGAUAAACACUUUUCAGUCUUUAUUUGUUAGGUAGGCCUAUGGUUUGUUAUUAUUACCCUCUAUAUUGGACCUUUGAAGGACCUUUUAUUCUAUGUCUGCUGGUUAUACAUUGGAUGUUGGGCUCAGUGUGUAGAGAAGCAUUCAUUUUCAUUGUCUAUUUUGACUUCCCUUCUGUAUAUUGCCAAGGACAUUGUGGUGCCUGCCAUACGAUCCUGAGUAAUUGAAUGUAGCCUUUUAAUGAGUUGAUGGCACCAA